UCGAGUCUCUCUCUAUAAAAAGAAUCUCUUCCAUUCAAAUGUUCAGUAAGCUGAUGAGCUGGUGAAGGCGAGUAUAUGGGUACCUCACUGAGCCGUGCCUUAAUACGACCUCGUAUCAGUCGUAUGGUCGAAGAUCCUACUGUUAAUGCUAAGCUCUACACAUGGUCAAGUGACGAAUUUCAUGAUGAGUAAUACAGUAUCAGUAGACAUGGAAUUCGUAGCUGAAAGAGAUUACAAUGGGCGUUUUGUGCUUCGCUAUGCAGACGCUGACGAUUCUUGCGGGAUAUUCACAGAGAAAAUAGACCAGCGAAGCAUGUUCUUGUUGAGGUAUGAAGACAAAUUUCGAUGCAGAAUAGGUAUGUUGAAGUUGUACUGUGCGAUGAGAUCAGAAUAUGAAGUUCAAUUCACUACUGGCAUUGGUGGGGAUUCAGUUGUUACAUAUUUUGUUCAUGUAGUUUGUAAUCCUUUGAAAGGCCUUGACGUGGAUAUUUGUGGCCCAUAUUGUGAAUAUGAUGAUUACAUUAGACGGCCAAUUGGUUCAUGUUUCGUUGAACAUGUACAAGGCAUGCCACCACAUGGUAUUUUAAAACAGGCAAAAGUUAAGAGUGAGUCGAAUGAAGGAAAGCAAAUAGGAAAAAAUAUUGUUGGGCCUCUUCCUCUCGCCUCAACACAAAGCAGUGCUAUUCUAAAUGCAGGGCAAAACCAUGGUAGUUUCAAUGGCUCUAACUUCAAAGACUGUAACAUUACUAUUGAUACGCAGGCGAUUGGGUUCAAGGGUUUUAAUAGUACUUAGGUUCAUGUUACUUAGUAUCAUCAUCAAGAUUGUCCUGAAAAGUGAAAACUAUUGUAAAGAAAACUUUGAUAUUAGAUUAUCUAAUAACAAUC